GUACAUGUCGAUAAUAUGUCAAUGAUGACGUUUCAGCGUUCAGCAAGUAUGAAUUAACAGUACAUAAAAACCAAUAAUUUCGAAUUCUCUUCAUGCAUAUUUCAAGGUAAUUCGCUCAAGUACGAUGUGACUAACGUAAGGCACAUUGCUAUUGCAAUAAACUAAAUACAAGAGCGCAACAAACCUACAAUGUCAAAACGGCCAUGUCAGCCUCCCUGCGAGUGCCGUGGUUGCAUUUGUACAAGCUGUCCAAACGUUUUGGAUGCGGCAAAAGAAUCCGGUUCAAGCGACUAUAUCUGCGACCACGGAACGAGGCCUAAGUGCACCUGUAACGCUGAUAAACCGAAAGAAGGUGCCGCAAAAUGCAUUCCUGACUGCUGUUUCGAGCCCGAGCCAAUACCAGACCCUGAGCGCACACGUAGCUUUAUGAAAGUCCUGAAAUAUGAUAAGAGCUGCUUUUGCAAGGUGGUGACCCGCGCGCUCCGCGCCGACGUACACCGUUACCUCGGGAUGCUGGACCGUUAUCAAAACACCGAAAAAAUGGGCGGCGACGACACACAGACGAGCUGCUGUAACAGUGACGCUUAGCCAACAAACUGUGUAAUAAAUAACUCUACAAUAAUGUUUUCAUAUUCUUGUAAUUGUCUCUGCUCGUAAGAUCCCAAUUUAAAUUGACGACAAUACCCGCAGUUUUAAAAAAUCAAUGUUAUUUGUCGGUGCGCAUUCAAAAUGUUAAAAUGCCAUGUAAAUUAAAAGCUUUUUAUUUA